AUGCAUCUUAUUUGAACCAACAGAUACAUCAUUUUGCUGUUUUGAAUGUUUGUGUACACUUGUGCCAAAUGGGCACCACCAGUUUUUCUUUGGUUUUACUGUUUUUUUAAAUCCCGUCUUUUUGAUGGGGAAAAAAAUGCAUAUUCCCUUGAGAUGCCGCUGUAGUUUCCACUCAUUUUUGAAACCGCAGCUUUAAAUUAUACUGCAGAAUAAGGAUUGGUUUCACAUGCAGAAGCAUUAACCCAGCAAGACAGCCUGCUUACACGUUCCGGUUCUGUUUUUUGUCCACUUUAUCUCCUUGUAUUGUUCUAGUGUAAGACUCCUUUUGUUGUUAUUUGAUUUCCAUGUGGCUUUUUCUUUUGUGAUUAGUUUUCUUCACGAAAUGCAUGUUUUUAUUCAGGUUAAGUCAUUAGAAGAUCCAUCAUCCGAAAAGCAUUGUAAUCAGGAAGCAUCUCUGUGGUAAACAACUUUUUGUGUUAAUUGUAAAAGUCAGAUUUUAAAUGAACUAUUGUCCUGGCAGUAGUAUAUUGUCAGAGUUACAUGUUUACGUUGAUCAUGUGCAGUAACUGUGAAACAGGACACCAGUGGUUCAGUUUUGCUUCAAAAAGUGAGCCAAGGCACCCCGCUUGUGCUGCAAUGUGCUUCAAAGCUCUGGAGUGUGUGUUUGCCGGAAUGUAUAGAUGCAUCUUGUCCCUUCUUUUCUCCACAGUGCACAAGGUAAGUGUUUGCAGGUGUACUACUGAAGCAUCCAGGUGCAGUUGUCACUUUUUUACGACAAUACUUGAUAAACUGACAGUUGAUUGUAACAUUUGCAAGGCAAUAAAACGUUUUGUACAGAAAAAAACAAUUGAGCUACAGUACAGUAUUUUUUUUUUAUUCCUACCAAUGCCUUUAGAAAUAUUUUGUGUGAAAAAGAUCAAGGCUACGCAAAAAUAAACUUUGCAACUUCAAUUUGGUUUUGUGACACUUUUUAUUUUUCAAACGUUUUAAUUUCGUUUCUUCCCAAUACUUGAUUGGCAUUUACCAAUGAUUUAGCCCCAUAAAUAGUACUUUAAAGUUUUAAAAUAAGGGUAUGUCAAUUAAAAUUAGUAAUUUUUUCAAAUUUAUCUGGGUUUCUUGGUGGAAUUUAGCCAGUCGUCCUCAAGCCUUAUACACGGAGUUGACCAGCAUUUACAUAAUCCCAAUGUGAAUUGUAUAAAGACUGACUAGGAAUCGUUAACAUACGCGGGAACUGUUCAUCGAGACCUGACGUACGCCGGACAAGAAACACGUUGCACUUCCUGUUCAACCGGAAGUGAAACCGUGUUGCUAUUGCUAUGAAACCUACUAAAUGGCGGGCAUUAUAAAUGAAGAAUUUCAUGUUUUAACAGAAAUAACACAUUUACAUUGUUCCGAGGUGUUAAUUUAAGGUAAUUCCACGUGUAAUAUGUUUAAAAAGAUGACUGAAUUCGGUCCAGAUUCCGGUGGGCGCGUUAAGGGAGUUACUAUUGUGAAGCCUAUCGUGUUUGGGAAUGUUGCCCGCUACUUCGGCAAGAAGCGAGAAGAAGAUGGACACACUCAUCAGUGGUCUGUGUACGUGAAGCCGUACAGAAAUGAGGAUAUGUCAGCAUAUGUUAAGAAGAUCCAGUUCAAGCUACAUGAGAGCUAUGGCAACCCCCUCAGAGUGGUGACCAAGCCUCCCUAUGAGAUCACAGAAACAGGCUGGGGGGAGUUUGAGAUCAUCAUCAAGAUCUUCUUCAUUGACCCCAACGAGAGACCUGUGACGCUUUACCAUCUGCUGAAGCUUUUCCAGUCUGAUUCCAGUGCCAUGCCAAAGAAGACUGUGGUGUCAGAGUUCUAUGAUGAAAUGAUCUUCCAGGAUCCCACAGCCAUGAUGCAGCAGCUCCUGACCACAACGAGACAACUCACACUGGGAGCCUAUAAACAUGAGACUGAGUUCGGCGAGCUGGAGCAGAGGACAAAGGAGAAAAUGGAGGGGGCCAAGAAGAGGACCAGCCAGGAGAUCACAGAGCUGAAAGACAAGCUGAAAGCCAGCAGGGAGAACAUAAACCACCUCAAGAUGGAGAUCAGGAAACUGGAGGAAGAUGGAGAACACAAGGAGCAUUGACUGUCUGCUCUAUCAAAAAUGGCUUUCCCCGCAUUUGACUGGCUUUCCCCGCAUAUGACUGUGUAAGGUUGUAUUGUUUUUUUUUUUUA